AUGGCCGGGUACACGCAGAGCCAAAUGCCGGGCACUGUGUGGAUGGUGCCGACGAGCAACGCCCAGGCCGCCGGAGCGGCGCCUGCCGGUGGCGGCGAGUCGAUCUGGACGUUCCCGCAACCCGGGAGCGGCGGCGGCGGCGGCUCGGCGACCGUGUACCGCGGCGUGCCGAGCGGGCUACAUUUCAUGAACAUCCCCGCGCCGAUGGCAGUGCACGCGCAGCAGCUGGGACUCGGCCAGGCCGGCGGCGGCGGAUCAGCAGCAGCGGGCGAGGGGCACAUGGGGAUCCUCGCCGCGCUCAACGCGUACCGUGGGCAGCAUGCAGCGGCGUCGGAGGUCACCGUGGCGGGGCACAAUGGAGCAGCUGAAGGGACUACUCACCAUCAACAUCAGAAUCAGCAUCAGCAUCUGCAGCACGGGGGUGGCGAGCCGAACGAGAGCAUGAGCGGCAGCGACUCGUAGGACUUCGUGACCGCUGGUCCGUUCGACAGCUUUGGCUUACCAAUUUUCGUCUUUGGAUUUGUUCUUCUUUGGUUUGUUUCUGUUCUUGACUCGAUCGCUUGUUAUGGCUUUGUUCCUUCUCCAAAUUCUUGCACGGUUCAUACGAUUGCAACUUGCAUUUCAUUGCAUCAGGGCAAAUUAUUUGCUAUAAAGUCUCUGCAAGCAGCGAGAUAGGUGGAUCGCCAAACGAUCUAAAGAACUUUCUUUUUCUCUCUUUUUAAUUUGUAUCCUCCGGAUCUUGCCAAUUAGGGUUUAAUACAAAUUCUUGGAGAGAA